GAUAACGAGGGAGGAUUUCUUUCUUUAUUUCAAACUUUUUUUUAAAAAUUAUUUUACUUAAUAAAUAUAGUCUCCUAUUUCAUUUAAUCUGAGCUUCAUGGAGCCUGUAAGAGAGCUUCAACUUCAAACCAGAGUUGAAGACCAUGGCCAUGGCCAAAAUCCAAACACAGACAUCUCUAUGCCUUCUGCCACUUAUCGAUUUUCGCUUCCUAAGCUCAUUCACUACAAGUGGUGGAUCCGGGUGAUGAUCUACAUCGUUUUCAUAAUAGCCGGCCAAUCUGCAGCCACUCUCUUGGGAAGAUUGUACUAUGACAAAGGUGGGAACAGUAAAUGGAUAGCAACAAUAGUCCAAUCAGCUGGCUUCCCAAUUCUGAUACCUCUUCUACUCUUCUUCUCAUCACCAAUCAAACCAACUAGAACACAACCAAACAAAGUCAAACUCUCUUCUCUAGCUCUCCUUUACGUAUUCUUUGGCCUAAUUUUGACACUAGAUAAUUUGUUGUAUUCAUAUGGACUCCUUUACUUGCCUGUAUCCACUUACUCCCUACUAUGUGCCACCCAAUUGGCUUUCAAUGCCUUGUUUUCCUUCUUUCUCAACUCUCAAAAUUUUACCCCUUUUAUACUCAACUCUCUUGUCCUUCUCACCACAUCUGCUUCCCUUCUUGCACUCAAUGCAGACUCAGAUGAAGACUCAAGCACUAAAAUCUCUAAGCGAAAAUACGUGAUAGGCUUCUUAACUACUCUUGGAGCCUCUGCAACCUAUUCCUUGUACCUUUCCUUAGUUCAACUCUCUUUCCAGAAGAUCAUAAGGGCAGAGACAUUUUCUAGUGUGUUGAAUAUGCAAAUCUACCCUUCUUUUGUUGCUUCAUGUGGUUGCAUUGUGGGACUUUUCGCUAGUGGGGAAUGGCGAGGCUUGGGGAAAGAGAUGAAGGAAUACCAAGAGAGUAAGGUCUCAUAUGUUAUGACAUUGAUUUGGAUUGCUUUGACAUGGCAGAUUUGUUCUGUGGGCUUGUUGGGUUUGAUAUUUGAGGUGUCUUCUCUCUUCUCCAAUGUUAUAAGUACCUUGGCUUUGCCUGUAAUUCCCAUUCUGGCUGUGAUUUUCUUUCAUGAUAAGAUGAAUGGGCUGAAGGUCAUCGCUAUGGUGUUGGCCAUAUGGGGUUUUCUUUCCUACAUCUAUCAACAUUAUCUUGAUGACUUGAAACACAAGGCAGACAAAAGUAAUAGCAGUGACAGUGAGAUUAUUUCUGGGAGAACAGUUUAAGUUUGUUGAUGCAUAAAUAUAGAGAUUUCAAAUUUCACUUGUAUUCUUUUCGGGGUUUGAUCCAAAGAUAAACUUCAAAAUUCAAAUUUAUUGGUUUGUUAGUAUUAGUAUAGUAGUAAAAGUGUCAUAUACACUUGUUCAGAAUUAGAAGGCUUGAAAUAAUUAAUAUAUUUAAUUAGAUAUCUUAUUGGCACUAUUACUCGAAAUGGAAAACUCGACCAGCCAUUUUUAA